AUGGCACAAUUUGCUAUGAGCAGGGCCUUCCGGCUCUCGCGCCAGUCGAUGACCUUUUCGCAAACUCGCAGCUUUGCCUCGAAACCCGUAAUCCCUACAUUCACCCCCACUGCAUCCGACGAAUUGAACCAGGCUCUCGAGCACUGGCGACAAGACCUCUUCAUUCCCUUCGGCCUCCCCAAACGACAGCGGACAAGCAUGUUCAAGGAGAAGCAUGCUCGCAGAUUGGAAGAUGAACCUAUUACAGUGAAGAUUAGCGAGACCGAAGAGUACACCCUGCGACCCUUGAGCCCCUCCUCAUUGCCCAAGAGCAAGGAGGCCGUCAAUGUCUUCCGGUUAAUGGAAGCCGCCAACGACUACAAAAACCUCGUGCCAUUCAUGACCGGAUUAUGGAGUUCGCAGAUGGCCAUCUCUCCUGCCCGGUGGCAGUACCUGAUUCGCAAGACCGGUAACGCCGGCAAACUCUCUCUUAUCCUCGAUUGCGCCCGACGAGAAAACCAGACCGGCCUGUCGCUAGAAAACAACUAUCACACCCAGCGUUUAUUCUUUGAAUUCCACUGCAUGGCCCACAAGGCUGGCUUCAAGGGAGACCAGGUGCAGAAGGCUCUCAAGAUGGCGAAGGGGGCCGUGGAUAUUAUGGACUCAUACGCCCCAAGCCCAGCCACCAACCCUAAAUACCAGCCGUAUGUCAUUGCAACACUGCUGGAGCUUAGUGCUGCGCGUGCUCUAGAGGAAGCCGGUGGUAAGGACCAGAACAACGAGGUGCUGAAUUACGCCCGGAAGCUUAUUGCUUCUUGGCAUUUGGGUGAAUUUAAGCCUAUCCCCAAGAACCAAUUCGACGUGGAGCUCGUUAACCAGCAGCUCAUGGGAUCAAUUGCGGCGUGCAAGGGAUUGCAGCUCAGUCUGUCGAUCCACGGUCUUGCUGUUGACAAAGCCUUACACGCGGCUGUUACGGCUCGUCUUUCUGAGGUGAAGAAGGCGAUCACAGCGCAGCUCAAGGCGAUCCCGGAGGAGUCUGCUAGCAAGGUGGCCAGCAUCGAGUUCGCCCAGGCCGUGCUUCAGAAAUAA